AUGCAUAGAUCUGGUGCGGCGGUCAUGGCGUGGAACGUGUUCAAGUUUUGCACUGCCCUGAGGGGCCUUGGGUCCAUCAUGAUACUGUUGGUCCUCGGCGUCGUCGGCGUCAGUUACUACGCCGUGGUGAUUACGAAUUACGGACCGGGGCUUGCCGCCGGCGGCCUCGAUUCGCUCGUCGCAUUCGUCGUUUUGAUCUUGUUUCACGGUCUGUUGGUGAUGCUAUUAUGGAGCUAUUUUUCCGUCGUAUUUACUGAUCCAGGCAGUGUGCCUCCAAACUGGCGACCGGCAGCAGAUGAAGAAAGAGGAGAUAGUGAUCCAUUGACUUCUACAGAAUUUCCAACCGACUCAGAGAACAGUAGAGUCCGUUAUUGUAGGAAAUGCAACCAGUUGAAGCCACCACGGUGCCAUCACUGCUCUGUUUGUGGAAGGUGCAUACUGAAGAUGGAUCAUCAUUGUGUUUGGGUUGUCAAUUGUGUUGGGGCAUUGAACUACAAGUAUUUCCUUCUCUUCCUGUUUUACACAUUCCUUGAAACCAGUCUCGUUACUUUAUCGUUACUACCUCAGUUCAUUGCUUUCUUUAGUGAUGGCGAGAUCCCUGGAACUCCAGCAAGUCUAGCAACAACUUUUCUUGCUUUUGUAUUGAAUUUGGCAUUUGCUUUGAGUGUAAUGGGAUUCCUGAUUAUGCACAUAUCAUUGGUGGCUGCCAAUACCACGACCAUUGAGGCUUAUGAGAAGAAGACUACUCCAAAAUGGCGUUAUGAUCUUGGACGAAAGAGAAACUUUGAGCAGGUCUUUGGGAUGGACAGAAAGUAUUGGUUCUUACCGGCCUACACAGAAGAAGACAUACGCCGGAUUCCCGCUCUUCAGGGUCUUGAAUAUCCUUCAAAACCGGACUUGGACUCUGAAGAACUAUGA